UGGGCCCUGCAGCUGCUCGCCCUCCUCUGCGCCCUCCUGGGGCUGGGCCUCAUCACCUACAACAAGCACCUGAACGGCAAAGCGCACUUCGUCACCUGGCACGGCCUGACGGGGCUGCUGACCGUGCUGUACGCCGGCGGGCAGUGCGCGGGGGGGCUGCUCCUGCUCUACCCCAAGCUGAUGAAGAACUGGACGCUGGCCAAGCUCAAGCUGUACCAUGCCACCUCGGGGCUAGUGGGCUACCUGCUGGGCUGCACCAGCCUCAUGCUGGGCAUGUGCUCCCUGUGGUUCACCACCUCGGUGACCAGCGUCUCCUGGUACCUCGCCAUGCUGUGUCCCCUCCUCACCAGCCUGGUUAUCAUGAACCAGGUGAGCAACGCUUACCUGUACCGCAAGCGGAGCCAGCACUGA